UCUUCCAUCUCUCUCCUUUCCCCUUCCCACUCGCUUUUCAGCGAAAGCGGCAGCGGCAGCUUGCACUGCAGCAGAGAGAAAGAAAUGCAAGGAAGGCCAUCUCUCCUCGCGUCAUGUGUAGAGCAGAUCAGAACCUAGUUCCUCCCCCCACCAAAAGUUUCACCGCAACGUCAAAAUAAAGCGAGCUUUUGGUGGCAAUCGUUUGGAGCAUUGCGCAGUCGCGGUGAGGGAGAUCUGUCGAUCUAUCAGCGCCUGCCACUCAACUGCGCCGCUGAGGCGCUGCAGUCGCUCGGCCAAGCACAAAGCUCGCCCGCCUCAGGUUCGGCCUGACUCCACUGUGCCGUCCAUUAUUGUCACGCAAUCUCAUGCAUGCCCAAGCUAGCCUCCGCCAUGUCGCGCCGCGCCCACCGCUAGAAACACGCAGAUAGCACCAAGCCGAUCACCGGUUAGCUAGCUGCUCAGUGUCGCUUCUUUAUAGGGAGGAGGCAGGAAGGUAGGCGGCGGCGAGGAGGGGAGUGAAAAGGGAAGCAGGCGCUCGUAGCGCGCGUAGCGUAGUGGGAUAGAGAAGCGGUUGGCCACGUCGUACGCCGGCUGGUGCGCACGCGCUUGCUUGCUAUACUCGCCGAUCGACAUGACGCUGGAAGCUCUGUGCGCGCCCACCAGCGACGUGCUCAUCUACGACACCUUCAACGCCGCAGCGUGCGCCGCCUCGGCCGGGAGCCUCCUCUUCGGCAAUGCACCGGCGGUGGCAUUGCCGGCGCCGGUGGAGGUGUCGGUAGCGGCGACGCCGGAGCAUGCAGCGGAGGCGGAGGGGGAGAACAGAGUGCAGCAGGGGAGGAGGAAGCGGCGGCGGCGACAGAGGAGUAUCAAGAACCGCGACGACGCCGAGAGCCAGCGGAUGGCCCACAUUGCCAUCGAGCGCAACCGCCGGCGCUUGAUGAACGAGUACCUCGCCGUGCUCCGGUCGCUCAUGCCAGAGUCCUACGUCCAUCGGGGCGAUCAGGCGUCCAUCGUGAGUGGCGCCAUCGAUUUCGUGAAGGAGCUCGAGCAGCAGCUGCAAUCCCUCGAGGCGCAGAAGCUGGCGUUGCAGCUGCAACGCAACACGGCGCCGGAGCGUGACACAGCUCGCGCAGCGGCGCGAACGCCAAUGAGCAGCGGCUGCAGCCCAGACCCCAAGAGCAACCGCGCGGCCGAGGAGGAUGAGGACGCGCGCGCGGCGGCGCCUCCUCCGUUCGCGCGGUUCUUCAGGUACCCGCAGUACGUGUGGCGCCAAACGCCGCCUCGGGAGGACGGCGCGGGGGGCGCGGAGGAGACGAGCCGCGCCUCCGGGGUGGCGGACGUCGAGGUGAGCGUGGUGGUGGACGCGCACGCCAGCCUCCGCGUGAUGGCGGCGCGGCGGCCGGGGCAGCUGCUCAAGAUGUUGGCGGGGAUGCAGGCGCUCGGGCUCGCCGUGCUGCACCUCAACGUGACCACCGCGCUCGACGCGCUAGCGCUCUACACCCUCAGCCUCAAGGUACGAACCACGACCCCCGAUCGAUGCAUGCUAUUACUAUGUCGUCUCCUUUUCCGAACAUCCACCCGUAGGCUAGCAACUGUUUUUCUACUCUUUCCGUUCACGAGCCAACCGUCGGGAGAGCCACAGAGAUUUCUUCUGCUUAAAAUGGUGUAUCACCUAGCUAACACUUUGGUCACUAUAUUUUGGGUCCACAAUUUCAAUUUCUUUUGCUAUGAAAACAAAUAAAGUACAGAGGUUUUGCUUAAUGUCGAAAAUAUAAUGUUUGCAGCAAAAUAUCCAAAUAGUAACUCUUGUAUAAAUUGACAAAUGGUUCACUUGUUCUGUUGUGCAAAAAUGCUCGAGAAUCUUAGUCUUGAACAUGCAACGCUUAUGGCACUAUGCACUCCUGGAUCGACUGAUCGAUUUUUGUUAGUAAAAAUACAAGAAAACAACCUUAUGAUUGGAUGCAAACUUUACAUUUCUGUAUUAGAUCGAAACAGCAUCGAUCAUGUUUUCUAUAUAUCCAACAGAAGUGCAUGCAUGUGCAUG